AGAGCGUGGACGCUCUAAGUUCACACCAGUCAUCUUCACAUGGGAUUGGCUCCGCAAAAGUGCGUGAAACCUAACUAGAAAGCCGCCUGAAGGCUGCCUUUGAGAAAGCAUGGUUGACAAUUGUGCCGAAAACCUUGGGCUGGGUCUAAAAUCCUUCCCAUCGCAUGCGAUGCUGCAUCCUUAGGCAGGUCUGCAAUAAUUUCGAUAUUCGCAUCGGUUACGCUUCCUCGCGAAUUUCCCCGCAAAUGUCUGGCGGCGCGGUCGGCAUGAUGUCUGUGAUCAAAGAAGCAGGUCCAUCCGCCACUGUGCUUUCCUUGCUCGGUCCAGGCGGGCAUACUUCUAUGCUCAUCACCACCCAGCACAGUUGUCUUGCGUCGCUCGGCUCAAUUGUCUAGAAACAGCCGUUGCGGGAUAAAUGCAGCUCCUGUACCAGUCCCAGCCUCAUUCUUAUU